AUGGGAGCCAUAUUGGAUAGCAAAUCCCAAGACCCAGAAAAGACCAUCCCGGUCACCACCAAAGUAGACGAUGUCGACGUCGGUCAAAUAUCGCAGCUCGAUGAAGCGGAGGUCUUUCUCCACGAGCAUGGAGUAUCAAAUGAUCAGCUGCAGGAGAUGCUCGAUGAUCCAGUUCGGAUGACGAAACUGCGGAGACGUAUCGAUAUGAUUCUUCUUCCGCUCAUGUGUGGCACAUACUGUCUGCAGUACAUCGACAAGCAGGCUCUCUCCUACAGUGCUGUGUUUGAUCUGUUCACAGAUGCCCACAUUGACAGUAAUCAGUAUAGCUGGCUGGCCAGCAUCUUUUACUUUGGGUACCUUUUCUGGGAGUAUCCCGCCAGUUACAUCGCCCAACGACUGCCUAUCGGCACUGUCGUCUCGUCUUUUGUAAUCGCGUGGGGUGCCAUCCUCAUGAUCACCGCCAGUUGCAACAACUUCAACGGCCUCGCCAUCUGCCGCUUCCUCCUCGGAUGCUUCGAAUCCCCCAUCACGCCCUGCUUCAUGAUGAUUGUGGGAAUGUGGUACGUCCGUCAAGAGCAGCCCUUCCGCGCAGGCAUCUUCUACUGCUGUAACGGCGUGGGAUCGAUGGUCGGCGGUCUCCUCACCUACGGCAUCGGUCAACUUGAUACCUUCCCCGUCUGGCGCGCCGUGUUUCUCAUCUGCGGCGGCGCCACCAUCUUCUGGGGUAUUCUCAUGAUGCUCUUCCUCCCGAACAGCAUUCUCUCCUCCAAGCGCUUUACUGUCGAAGAAAAGAUCCUUCUCAUCGGUCGUGGAAAGCAGAACCAAACUGGAAUCCUCAACCGCUCCAUAAAAUGGUACCAAAUCCGCGAAGCCUUCAUCGACCCACAAGUGUGGCUCCUCUUCCUCUUCACACUCCUCAACGAGACCAUCAACGGGGGUGUCGCUAACUUCGGCAAACUAAUCAUCAAAGGCCUCGUCUCCAGCUCUCUCCUCACCACCGUCCUAGGCAUCCCCCAAGGCGCAUUCCAAGUCGUCUUCAUCCUCACCGGAACCUACCUCUCAAGCCGAUACAAGAACAUCCGUACCUUCAUCAUGGCACUAUAUCUCAUUCCCACGGUAAUCGGGGUCUGUCUGCUGUGGAAACUACCCCGUACGAACCGCUACGGUGUGUUAUUCGGGUAUUACAUUGUCGGCUCCUACGUAACCUCCCUCGUCCUCUCCCUCCAAAUGCCCUCCAGCAACAUGGGCGGCUACACGAAGCGCGUCACCGCCACCGCAUUCGUCUUCCUGGCCUACUGUAUCGGGAACAUCAUUGGUCCACAUGCCUUCCUUUCCAGCGAGGCACCAGUCUACGAAACAGGAUGUAAAUUGAUUCUCGGGUGCGCGAUCUGUCAAAUCGUCUGUGCGGGAGCGCUAAGAGUUCUCUUGGUGAGGAGGAAUCGUGUCUGGGAUGAAGUUGCUGCUCUCCCUGGAGAGGACGCGGGUGUUGGAGAGGGGGAGGGGGAAGGGGAGGUGAUGGCUGAUUUGACGGAUUUUGAGAAUCGAAGGUUUAGGUAUGUUUAUUAA